CAUGAGAGUCCAGCUGCACUGAUUCAGUUACGGUUGCCAGACUUUCCAAGCUUCUCCGAUCCCUUCAUCCCUCCAGUUUCACAGGAGAUUAUGCAGCGAAUGAUUCAAAAGUUUGCCACGGAAUAUACCUCAAAAACCAGUUCAGCUCAGGAUAUACCCCCUUUCCAAUCAGUAUUUAACAGCACCAAGUACCAAAGCUUUGCAAAAACACCCUUGUCGAAUCCAGCUGCCAACAAACCCAAUUGCUUCUUUGGUUACACAGACUCUGUCACCAUUAUUGCUGCCUCAUCACAGAACCCUGUCCUCUGCAAAAUUUUCAUGGCUGACCAGGAAUCUCCACUGGAUCUCACUGUUAAGAAGACUGGUGUUGAGUCCAGUAACCAAGAUGGAGUCCUGGAUCUUUCAACCAAGAAAAAACAAAGCAGAAUCUCUCUUGAGUCCUCUCAUGACUGCUCUGUCAUCCCUGUAAUUAAAAGGCAAUCCAUGAUAACUGAUGAAAACUACCAAGAAAUUGAUAAGGAUGGAUUGCAACAAGGCUUGCAAGAUUGUAGUUUGGAGAACUGUACUUGCUCUGCCCCUUUUAAACCUCUACUUGCCAAAUCACUUCUUGUAAGGGAGGAACUCUUGAGUCAGAGGCAUCACUUUCUUGAACUACCAUCACCUCUUUCUUUGGCAAGUUUAGAGAUGGUAGGUUGUCUCAAUUCCAGUCAAACACACCCUCUUCUGUCACCUGACAACUUCUGGGAGAAACCACAACUAAAUGGUGUACUGGAGUGUAAACCGGCCAGCAGCCAUCUUAGUGAUCUAAAGAACCAUCCACUUGUCUUAGAAAAUCAUGGAACCUUCACCAAAGGUACCAGUACCUGCUCUAGCAAAUCUUUUGAUAUCUUCCCCAUUAUGGCAAAGAAAGAUGCAAGAAAUUCCCUUCCAGUAGACUUGAAGAUUCCACAAGUAAAGGGUAUGGAUCUCUCCUGGAACUCCAGUGGCAACAUUUCUAAUAUCUGUAAUUACAGUUCUGUUACUGUGGGCAGUGUGUACAUGGAUCAUUCUCUCAGCAGGAGGCUUAGGACCAUUUUGCCCAAACAGAGUAGUAGAGCAGGCUUGGGAAGUCUCUUUGAUGGAGGUGGGGUGAGUGAGUAUUUAGGCACUGAUGCUGACCAAUAUACAUCUGGACCUCAGUAUCCAACCUCAGAUCCAGAAGCAGAUCCAACAGUCUCCAAGCAGCCACGCAAAAAAAGGGGCCGGUAUCGGCAGUAUAACAGUGAGAUCCUUGAAGAGGCUAUUGGUGUGGUGAUGAGUGGAAAAAUGAGUGUUUCAAAGGCACAGAACAUUUAUGGUAUUCCUCAUAGUACCCUGGAGUACAAGGUGAAAGAAAGGAUGGGCACAUUAAAGAAUCCACCAAAAAAGAAGCUUAAAAUGAUUAUGAAGAUAGAUAGACAAGACUCUGCAGUGACUGCAGAAACUGAAUCUCUAUCAACACCAACUACCACAUCCAGCACAGUACAAGAGGAUGUAUCAUAG